AUGCCGCGGAUCCGUGAACGCCGUGAAGUGCCUGCUCAACCACCUUCUCUGUCAGGUACAGAGGCAAUGAAGACAUACUGGGACGCAUAUUGGGAUUUCCGGCUACUAAUCAUACAAAUGUGCUUCUCCGUCAAAUCAGAAAAACCCCCGACAUCUGGGGAUGUCAAGAUGGGCCAAACGCUGAACGAGACCAUAUGCGAUAACUUCGAGCAGGACUUUCCAGCAAUAAGCGAAGGAGCAAAAUGCGACCACAAGGACUCUUUCGAGAGGCUAAAUAAUAUGGUUAAGGCAUUGUGUGCCUUAGCUAGGGAAGGCGAGAAGUAUGUUCAAAGUCUGGCUUUGCUUUGCCACGUCCAAGACACUCUCAAGGGAAAGGUAUAUGAAUGUGGAGGGGAAGAAGGAGGGGUGGUAUCCGGCACAGGUACGAUGAUUGCCGCGUCCUUGAUGGAGACCUUCGAUAGCGGACCAUCAAUAACUAAGGAAGAGCCUGCACCAAGUGCAGACGUCGAAGUCACCCCAGAUAGUGGCCAGAUUACUUCCGAUGUUCCCAGCUUCUCACUACAACAGAACGCCGUGGAGAAUGCAGACCCUCCUCCUGUCGGUCCCUCUGUAAGUCCCGUUGCUUUGGCUAGUGAGCCUCCACUCGUUACCUCCGCCGCCAGUCUUCUCCCAUCGCCCGUCCCCCCCACUCCACCCAUACCCGGGAACUCGCCAGUUUCUACUCCACCAACUCCAGCUACUGGCCUUGGAGUUUUACCACCUCACCCAUCUCUGACGCCACCAGCCGAAUGGACCGUUUCCAUGCUUACCUAUAGCACACAAGCCGCCAACUACAGUAGCUUACGUACUAUGCCCAGCAAUGCUGUCGGAACGCCACCAGUCUACGAAGGUCCACAUCUUGCCAGAGACUGGCCGGUUAGCUAUCCCUUCGCUAUUCCCACAGGCUACGUAGCUCCUAACAUCGUGCCCGCCGACCCUCAGGUCGGACAGUUGACCCUCUUCGAAGAAGGUGUAGGAGCAUGUGGCCUUCCGGGAAUGAUUGCCACUGACUUCGCCGUUGCUAUAAACUGGGAAAUAUUUGACAUUGGCCGAGAGAUUGGAGGCUCUAUUCUGGAAGAUGGAUGGAAGUCAGAGGGUGUCACCCCAGACGGGAAGCUCGUCAAUUGGCCUAAGGAUGAUAGUUCAAGUGCACUAUGCAAUCAAGGUAUUCGGGCAUGGAUGGCUGAUGACGAGGGUAAGAAGUUGGUGGAGCAGGAAUUUGUGGUUAGAGAUCGCUGUGCGGCGUGUAAUGUGUCGGACCUAGAUAUCCAGAAGAGUGUAUUUACCAAUUAUUGGGGUGCGGAGGCGGAGGGAAGGAUUCAAGUCACGUGGGAGUGGAUGCAGGAGGCACCAACUGACGUGCCGGGAUAG